AUGAACUUCAAGCUCUUAACCACAGCCUUAUCUUUGGCUUCAACAGUCAACGGUUUCAAGUUGGAUUUCCCAUCCUCCAGCGUUUUGGCUAAACCUUCCUAUUCUGUCACCGCAAAGCCUUCUGCUUCGGGAUCUAAGCUUCCAUCCCCAGUCCAAACAGCAGGUUUCAAUGAAACUAUUUACAAGGAAUUCACCCAACAUUCUCCAAAGAUGUUUGUCAUUAACAUGUUCUCCCUGGAAGAAGAACCAUUCCUAGAAUCUUAUGACUUUGUCCAUGAAUUCGAAAUCCCUGGCUUGUCCCCAAUUUACAAUACCAUCCACUGUGACAAAGAUUACGAAUUAUGCCAAGUCACUACCGGUGAGGGUGAAAUCAACGCUGCUUCUACCAUCUCGGCUCUCGCCCUAUCCCCAGUCUUCAACUUAACAAAGACCUUCUUCCUCAUUGCAGGUAUUGCAGGUAUCUCUCCUCAUCAAGGUACCAUUGGUGAUGUCACUUUUGCUAGAUUUGCGGUUCAGUUCCUCGAAUACGAAGUCGACGCUAGAGACAUGCCUUCGAACUGGACCACAGGCUACUUUGCCUUGGGAACUGACCAGCCAGGUGAAUACCCUGUCAACAUCUACGGUACUGAAGUUUUCGAAUUGAAUGAAAACUUGAGAGAUCGUGCCCUCUCUUUAGCUCAAACCGCUUUCUUAUAUAACGGUACCAAGGCUAACGAGGAAUUCAGAUUGACUUACAACUACGCUCCAGCAAACAACACUCCAAAGGCUAUUGCAUGUGAUACCUUGGCUGGUGACACCUACUGGUUUGGUGAAGACUUGGAUGAGUCCUUUGCAAAUUACACCUCUUUGAUCACAAACGGUACUGCAACUUAUUGUACUACCCAGCAAGAAGAUAAUGCUACCUUGGAAGCUUUAAUCAGAGCUGGCUCUUAUGGUUUGAUUGACUUCUCCAGAAUUGUCGUUAUGAGAUCUGCUUCAGAUUUCACCUAUUCCGACCAUUAUUCCGGUAACAAAUCUGUUGAAUUCUUUGAUCAUGUCUACCAAGGUGGUAUCACUGCUUCCCUAGUUAACUUGGUCUAUGCUUCCAGACCAUACAUCGCUGAUGUCUUGGAAAACUUUGAAACUUACGACUCCGGUAAGUACGAACCUUCCAACUAUAUUGGUGAUUUCUUCAACACUUUAGAAGACGAUAUCUCCAAGAGAACCUGGGGUAACCCUACUUGGGGCACUGCUUAA